GUCACGUAUGAACUGCUGAACCCGGAACAACAGUUGGCCCGCCUUCCGUGCGCCUCCAGAUGUCAUGGCGACAUCACAAUCUCGAGUAAAGACAGUUUCCUUGUUUUGUUGUUGUGCAGAACACGUUUUGUUUCUAGAUGUGUGUGUCUUGCUUGAGAUUCGACUAUAGCUAAACGUCUGCGUGUUAGUAGGAGUCGGUGUGGGAGGCGCGUGUGUGGCCAGACGUGUUUUUGUCGUUGGGCCGGUGGAACGAGUGACUGGCUCGAGGGAAGUCUGUCGAAUUGAGAUAGCUCGUGCUAUCUAACGUCCGCCGGGGAGAUUCAGAGAAUCGACUAACAGGCAGAAUGAGCGCGGACGGCGGGAGUGAUCGCGAGGUGGAAACGAUUCUGCAGCUGGGUGAGGGGCGUGGCUCUCCUGUGUUGAGUUAUGGGUCUGGACACUCAUUGGGCGCCAGCCACGGCUCCAUGAGGUCGGAGUCUUCCCUGAUUGGCUGCGGCUCCAGUGGGCGUGGCGACCGCCCCCCCUCCAGCUACGGCUCGAUGAAGAGCGAGGACGCCCUCGAUGACGAAGACGAGGGAGACUUCAGACCUCCGCCCAGCGUCGUCGUUACCAUUAGCAGUAACACACGCGUUCGGCUUCACCGGGCGGACUCUCCUGAGACGACUUUCACUGAAGCGACAAACACUUUCACCACCAAGAGCAGUGUACACAAGGAGGGCGUCUACCUCAACGAGCCAAGUCAGCAGAGGAGUGCCGAGAUGAUCGAGGAGAAGAAGGAGGCGGAGGAGGGGGCGGGGGCGGGGGCGGGGGGGGUCAGGGGGACGAGGACAUGGAGGAAGAAGCGGAGCCCCAGCAGCCCCCCUCUCCUCCUCCUCCUCCUCCUCCUCCCCCUGCAGAAGGGCUGGGCCUGCAGUUCGGCCCCAUACACAACGAACUCAGCAUGCCCUACAUAUUCAAGUCUCUACAGGGUGUGUUGUCCAAGCUCUCUGUGACGCAGCUGAUGUGGUUCAAGCGCUCGCUGGCGCAGCGGAACAAGAAGAAGGUUCCGGACCAGGAGCAGCUGCUGGAGUGCGACGUGUUGGACGUCGUCGACUUCCUGAUCGAGCACUUCGACCUGGGCGGCGGAGUCAAGAUGGCCGUCACCACGCUCCACCUCAUCGACCUGCGGCCACAAGCUGACGAGCUGCAGGUCGUGUGCAAGAGAGUGUUGCUGCGUCACGAGUUGCGCGAGCAUCUCCUGCGGCGUCACGAGGUGGUGUUCGAGGGCGUCCCCCGUCCGGGCGAGCAGGCCAACCUCAAGCGCAUCUUCUCCGACCCCCUGGUGGUGGAGGGCGGGUACCGCGGCAUCUUCACCGAGCACGAGGUGCUCCCCCGCCUGGAGUCGGCCUACCGGGAACCCUUCCGCCGGGUGCACCUCAACGACCUGCUGCGGCCGCCCGCGGGCGACGGGGCGGCGGGGGGCGAGGGGGGGGCGCCGCGGGUGCGGGUGGGGGUGCUCAGCGGGCCCCCCCUGGCCGGCCUCACCUUCUGCGCCCUCAAGCUGCUGCUGGACUGGAGCAAGGGCGUGGCCAACCAGGACCUCCAUUUUGUCUUCUACCUGAGCCUCCACGAGCUGCGGCACCACGUCGGCGAGCGCAUGUCGCUCAUGAAGCUGCUCACCAUGUUCCACCACGGCGUGGACAACGUCCUGCCGCUGCUGGUCCGCGCCGACUGCCCCAGCGCCCUGCUGCUCGAGGGCUGGGAGGACCGGCGGCCCCUGCUGGACCUGGACGCGCCCCCCGUCACCGACGGCGACCAGGAGGCCCCGCUCGGCGCCGUGCUGGCGUCCCUCCUCCGCGGCGACCUGCUGCCGCACAUGCGCCUCGUCAUCACCUGUCGCCGCAGCGACCUCGUCCACGUCCCGCACGCCUACGUGGACCGGCUGCUGGAGGUGCGCGGGCACACCCCCGAGGGGCGCGACCUGUACCUCGGGCGGCACCACGAGCGCGACCCCGCCCUGAGCCAGCGCGUCCUGGAGCACGUGGGACGCUCCGCCACCCUCCUCCACCUCGCCCGCGUGCCGCUCUUCUCCUGGCUGCUCACCUACAUCUACGAGAGAAACUUCCGGCGCAAGCCGCGCUUCGGCACGCGCCCGCCGCACCAGACCACCCUGUACGUGCACCUCCUGAUGGUGCUGAUGAACCGGUUCCUGGAGCGCUACAUGGGCAGCGGGUCGGACCACCACCGCUGGAAGGACUCGGACAAGGCGCUGGUGCUGGGCGCGGCCCGCUUCGCCUGGCGCAUGACCGAGGCCCGGCGCACGCGGUUCAGCGCCGCCGACUUCAAGGAGCACCACCUGGACGAGCGGGCGCUCCUGCGGCUGGGCAUGCUGACGGAGGCGCUGCCCGAGUGGGUGCGGGGGUCGGCGGGCGGGGGCGCGGGCACGGGGGCGUACGUCUUCCUCCACGUCUCGCUGCAGGAGUUCAUGGCGGCGCUCUACGUGUACCUGACGUUCCGGAACGACGGGCGCAACGUGUUCGAGCCGCCGCUCAAGAGCUCGGUGGUGUCGCGGCUGGUGAAGGACCGGCUGGCGCUCGACCUGUUCCGCCUGGCCACGGAGCGGGCGCUGGCCGCCGCCGACGGGCACAUGGACCUGUUCCUCCGCUUCCUCUACGGCCUGGCGCUGGACUCCACGGAGGACCACCUGCGCGGCACGCUGCUGCCCCAUCGCCACCCGGCGCUACGUGGCAUGGACGAGCUUCUGCGCCACCUGCAGAAGAAGAUCAGGGAGACCACACACCCCGACCGCCUCCGCAACCUGCAGCACUGCCAGGACGAGAUCACCGAGAUGCCGGACGACUGACACACACACACACACACACACACACACACACACACACCACCCACCCCGACCGCCUCCGCAACCUGCAGUACUGCCAGGACGAGAUCACUGAGC